AGUAAAUGUUGCAUGAUUCCAAUAAAGCUCAGUUGAAUUGUGCAGAAAUUGAGGAGGAGGAGGAGGGGCAGGCGGUCGGGAGAGAGAAAGAAAUGGAGAGAGGGGGGAGGAGAAAGAAGGGGGAGAGAGAGAGAGAGGGAGGGAGGCAGGGAGACAGAAAGACAGAGAGGAUCUGCAGAUUCGCACACCCUCCGUUCUGUGAGAGCACGUUGUACCGAAAGUCUGUCCGAGAAGAGGGGAGGCUCCGGGGUCACUGCCGGAGCGCAUCUAACGCGCCGCAUCUCCAAGCGGCGACGCACGGAGCCGCCGAGGACAUGUGUGACAAGACAAGAAAUCCCUCUUCGAUUCGGACCAGUCUGCCUGAGAGUAAGGUUGCUGUCGGCUGGAAAUUAACUCACGUUGGUCUCACAACCUUCACGAUAAGCGCUUCUCCUCGUUUCCCAUCCACAUGAGAAGUUUGGCCGGAGCUGGCUGAAGGGAGGCUGCCUGCGCUUCCGAUUGGCUGUUAAAUCUCUGUAGCUCGAGCAACUUGACGACUGUUUGGCAGUACGCUGAGGGUUGCAUGCCUCAGUGCCAAGAAAUUGCAUUACGUGGGAGACUUCUGCUAAGGAGACGCAGCGACAUUUCUGGAGGAUGGAGGAGCGAGGCGAGCGAGGACGCACACAGGAGAACGGACGCAGUGAUGGCUCGGCCAGAGAACCUCGAUCCUCUGCCUGCACCAGUCUGAGGAUGUUUCUGGUGGCUUUGUCCUUUGCCUAUUUUGCAAAGGCUCUGUCAGGGAGCUACAUGAAGAGCACAAUAACUCAGCUGGAGAGGCGCUUUGACAUCCCCAGUUACCUAAUAGGUGUCAUUGAUGGGAGCUUCGAGAUAGGUAACCUGUUGGUGAUAGCUUUCGUCAGUUACUUUGGGGCGAAGCUCCACAGGCCAAAGAUCAUCGCGGUGGGUUGUAUAUUGAUGUCCAUUGGCACCUUUAUCAUCGCUCUGCCUCACUUCAUCAUUGGACGCUAUGAAUACGAAACCUCGGUGCGUUGGGUAGUGAACUCAACUCUGAACCCGUCCCCAUGUCCGGUGGGCUCACCAGCAGAACAGACACAAGAUGGUAAGCUGCCUCAAGUGCCAGCCACAGGUUGUGAAAGUGAGUCCAACCUGUCUAUGUGGAUCUACGUGCUCCUGGGAAACGUCUUGCGGGGGAUUGGGGAGACACCGGUUCAGCCUCUGGGGAUCUCGUAUAUAGAUGAUUUUGCUACUGAAGAGAAUGCUGCACUAUAUGUUGGCUGUGUGCAGACCAUUUCAGUGGUUGGUCCUGUGUUUGGAUACCUGUUAGGCUCCCUUUGUGCCAAAAUCUACGUGGACAUUGGAUUUGUGAAAAUGGAAACCAUCACCAUUACCCCAGCAGAUGCCCGCUGGGUGGGGGCCUGGUGGCUCGGCUACCUCAUAGCUGGGGUCAUCACUCUGCUCUCUGCAAUCCCGUUCUGGUUCCUGCCCCGCUCUCUACCCAUGUCCGGGCCCCGGGUCCCAGAGAAGUGUACGCCAGAGCAAACGAGUUUCAUUAAAGAGUCUCCACUCCUGAAGCACAAGUAUCCAGCAGACGAUCACACUAGUUUUAUAGAGAUGGCCAAAGACUUUUUCCCAACCCUACGAACUCUGCUGGCUCACCCAGUGUACCUGAUUUACCUGUGUGUGACAAUCAUCCAGCUGAACUCCCUCAUUGGCAUGGUCACCUACAAGCCUAAGUACAUUGAGCAACACUUCAGGCAGUCUGCAUCAAAGGCCAACUUCCUGAUGGGUGUGAUAAAUAUCCCAGCUGUGGCACUGGGGAUGUUCUCAGGAGGUCUGCUGAUGAAGAGGUUGAAACUGAACAUCAUGGGAGCAGCCAGGUUUGCCUUUGGCACCUCUUUAAUUGGUUACAUCCUGUCACUGUUCUUCUUCGCAAUGAGCUGUGAGAACGCCAAGGUGGCCGGGGUGACGCUUUCAUACAACAGCUUGGAUGCGAUAUCUUAUGAUAAACACUCAGUGUUCACAGCCUGCAACUCAGACUGCUUUUGUUCAUCGAGCGACUGGGACCCCGUCUGUGGAGAGAAUGGCAUCACAUAUGUUUCUCCUUGUCUUGCUGGCUGCACUGCCUCUGCCGGCUCAGGGAAAAACACGGUCUUCUCUAACUGUAGCUGUGUCGGUGUGGCCGGUAACUUUACGGCCAGUACAGGUCAAUGCCCUCAAAAGGACGACUGUGACAGGAUGUUCCCGUACUUCUUGGCUCUCUCGGUCAUCACCUCCUUUAUCAUCUCUCUCGGGGGGACACCAGGCUACAUGCUUCUCAUCAGGUGCAUUAAACCCCAGCUGAAAUCUUUGGCCUUGGGUUUUCAUGCUUUGGCUACACGCACCCUUGCAGGGAUCCCUGCACCCAUCUACUUUGGAGCGAUCAUAGACACCACAUGUCUCAAAUGGGGUCAGAAGAGGUGUGGAGGUAUAGGAGCCUGUAGAAUCUACAACACUACUGCCUACAGGAUAGCAUACCUGGGCCUGACUCUGAGCCUGCGGACUAUCUCGUUUAUUAUAUGCAUCCCAGGCUUCAUCCUGCUCAGUCGACAGCUGAAGGAGGAGGAAAGAAGCGGCAUCCACGGAGCUCUGACCAACGGCGGAACUGAACUGGAGGCACUCAGGAAGGAAGAGUUUGUGAUUUGCAACUCUGAGCAAACACAACACACAUCAGACAACAGCACAGACAGACAGACACGGCUGUGACGGAUCUGACAGAGCUGACCCCCUCUUGUCUCUUUCACUCAUACAUAUACAGCCACAGUAUGUACAGAGUGACACUGUACACGUGCACACACUCACAUGAACGAGAUUUGCAGGGAAUCACAUGUUGUAUCUAAUCAUCUCAUCUAUGGCAUAAAAAAUUCUAUAUUUGUACUACUGGACCUGUGAAGGCUUUGCGAAUUUAACACAAAUUUGAUAUAACUGAAAUAGUUCUUGAAUGUACAUGCUGUUGUUGUUCUCUUUUCCUUAAGAAAACCGUACUGAUAUUUUUCAGUUUUAAUGCUGGCACAAGAGAUCAGACAGGAAAUGUGACUCGUACAGACUACUGCAAAACUAUUGUUGAACACCAGCAUUAAUUAAGCUGCCUCUUAAGUUUUUCUUCCUGACGCCAGUGUUACUGAACAGAAGAGGUAAAGUGGCCUUAGAAACCAGAGCAGAGGCACAACACACACACACACACACACACACACACACACACACACACACACACACACACACACACACACACACACACACACACACACACACACACACACACAAAUAACAAAAAAGGGCCUUCAAAAAAUGACAGGGGAUAUUUUUUUCUGAAUUUUAAAUAAAAUAUACACAGGUUAAUGUAGAAAUACGUGCUUGGACAUGUAUUUCAGCCACUUAAACAAGACUUUGCAGUUGUCUAUUUGACGCAUGUGCCUCAUUCCCUCAACAGUUACCUCCAAAUGUGUGUGUCAUCUGUCUUGCUGAUGGUAGACAGCAAUUUUGUUACAUUUUGAACAGAGGUAUUUGAGUACUAUUUCAUACUACCUACAAGUCUUUAUACUCAUUCAGCGACACAGGUUUCAUUUCUGACUGACUAAAACUUCUGCCUUUUCCCUAAAGCCCACAGUUAGGUUUCACUGUAAUGCAGUUUGUGUUGUGCGCGUUCUGGAUGUGAACUUGUUCCUUUGGUAUUCAAAUUCACUAAAAAUGGAAAUUGUGUUUUGCUUGUUUAGUGGAGGUAGUUCUGGUUUUAAUAUCAGUGAUGACUAUAAGGAGGCAGCUGUAUUUACUUUCAGUAAACAGCGGCCAAAUCUGUCCCUAGUUUUACAUGAUAGAAUUGGGGGAAAAAAAUAUUGUAAUCAGAGUACACAGCACAGUAAACGUGUUUAAACAAUGAAAAUGAGUAUUUAUUUAAAAUUGCCCAAAAUGAUCUCUAUUGGGCUUAUAUGGUUUCAUAGAGAGACUAACCAUUGUUGUGCCUUGGAUGAGGCAUUGUUAAUACCGUUGUAAAAAUUAUAAAUGACAUAGUGUUUAUUGUCCUAGUCUUUGGGCAAAAUCCCCUACUGUGUGUAAAGUGUUACCACUUUGUAUUUGGUGCCGAUGUGUCAAAGCUCUGCUUCCUCUUCUCCAGCCAUUGAUUUAUAUGUGUCACUGGUUAGUUAGUUUUUAUGCUGUAUUGUUUUAUUGUGCAUAUUUUUGUAUGUGAAAGAAGUCAGCUGUGCCAUAUCCUGAAACAUCAAGGUCUCCACUCAGGUUUUUCCUAUCGGUUUAUUCUCAUAAAAACUCAAAAUCCCUUUUUGUGAAACCAGACAAUAAACUUUCAAAAUAACGUCAAUCGAUGAGUAACUGUAAGACAGGAGCAGGUGUUUAUUUUCUCAGACUUUUUUAACUUUGGGGCCAGUUUUCGGGUCUUUCCAAAUGAGAAAUGAAAAACAUGUUGGAUAUUUUCAGCACGUCUGAGAGCAAACUAUCAAAUAUUCGUAAGAACUGACAUAUAGAAUUGGGGCUGUGUUCAGGGACUAGGUUAAGUUUGAAUAGCAGGAUGAGAGGAAAUGGACUUCUGGUUAUGUUUUAAAACACUCUAAAUACCUCACAAGGUUUUGCUUUUUUUGAGUGCACACAAAUUGAUGGCCAAAGUACUGAUAUCAAAUAUCAAAAUAUUUGCUCCAUCACAACAUUCUUCUUUAGUACAAUAGUAUUUGGAUCUUUGCUGCCGUCGCACAAUACCGGUGCUUAACCACCGCUCACAUUCAGCGUUUACAGAGACUUUAAACCUGUUGGAAAGUAAAUACUGGACAACCUCACUCAGUACCAAUCUGUAAUCGGUAUCAUACAGAGAUCAUUUAGAAUGUGUUUGAUUUGAAAUGAGUUCUUCUGAUCUUUUCUUUAUCUCAGCCCAUAAUAGAGUUGAUGUCAGGUAUGACUUAACCACCACUUUCACCUUUUGCCACUGCAGUCCUUGAUUAAGUGAUCAACAGAGAAAAGGACAAAAAAAUACCCCAGGUUUGGCAAUGAUUAUAGAAGUACAUUGAGAAAUAUCAAUGAUGCACUAACAUCAGAAAUGAUGGCAUUAGUCUCCUUUAUAUAUCACUAAAUUAGCUGCUUUUAAUAAACAGUAUCUUAUAUUACUGCUAACCAAAACGUGUAUUAAAACCAAAUGUUGUGGUAUCGCCCAACCUGAACAGCAGCUUUACCUGUUCAUGUCUGAGUGUGAGCAUCUUUUCAAAAUAAAGUGUAGCCUUUGCUAUAAUAAUAAUAAUAGUAGUAGCAUAACCUUUGAAUCCUUAAUGAAAAUAAAAAUGCUCACAAUGCAGCACAUGUAUUGUUCAUCUGCUGUAGGCUACGGAUGUCUCCACACAGAGGGCAUAAGAAGCUGUUUCUGACAGUGCUGAGGCUGCUCUCUGGUUUCAUAGUUAAGGGGAACUUAAAUGACAGUAUUAAACUACUGAUUCUCAGUUGUCUUAUUGUUGCGAAAAGGUGAUAGAUGGCCUUAAUGUUAUUUAACACUGCAUCAGACAAUAUUCUCUAGGUUAAAGGAAUUUGGAUUAAAGCUUUCACAAACAUGAAACUCAAGUCUAAACUCUUAAACUAUUGUAGGACUAAUUUGGGAAAGUCCAAGUAUAGUUUGUGUCGCUGUCAGAGAGAAGCUCCGCUGAGAGCUCCCACAUAACAUAAGAAGAUAUUCACCAAAUCAGAAAAACACGGAGACUGUAACUUUUACUUGCAAGGGUAACACAGCACAGUGUAACAAGACACAUUAGUGCGAGCUACAAAGACUGCUCCCAUACGAAGUUUAUUUUAUACACAAGCAGGAAUGAAGACAUUGCAUAAGAUAAGAAACAGCUCGAGUUACACAAGGGGGUGUGCUAAGCUGAAAGAGUGGAAAUAUACUGGGAUGUGGAGACUAGGGAGAGAGAGGGAGAGAUGUGUGCAGAUGGAAGUGAGUGAGUGGUAUUCUGAUAAAAUAGUCAUGUAAAAUACUAUGCACACACAGUUAAUGCUCUAAGGCUUGAUUAUGAUAAAUGUAUUUACAAAUUCAACUCUAACAGUCGCUCAGCUUUUACAAGUGUAAAUAUGGAGAUUUUUAAGAUAGAUCUAGUUUGUUUUUGUCUGUAUGGAGAAAUUAAACUCAUUUUUUUCAGUAAAAGUUGUCCUAAACCUGAAAGCAGGUCAAAAAUUGCUUUUAUAACUAGGAUAUUCAGAACUGUUCCAGCAAUUCAAAAGGAUAAAAAGAGGAUCUGUUAAAACUGUCGGUGAAGUUUCCCUUAACUGGUGAACAGCAAGUAAACUACAGGGUUGUUUGUCUCGGUUAUUUGCAGUUUUUUCCAUAUCAGGCUACUACAGUUUUUCAUCAAACUGAAAAGUGAGUUUGAUUUGAAUUCAGGUUAUUCCGAGAGUCAGUGGUUGUUGUCCUCCAAUUACCAUGGACUUACACUUAAAGGAGACUUCAGUAGAGAGGAAAAUGGAAUAGGGAAUGAUCCCCAAACAUAGCAUCCGUACGUCAAAGAAAAUUUCCUGAUGAUUUAUUUCUUGAAAAGAACGGGAGCCCACCUCAUUUCUAAAACGGACCCAUACCAUUUUUCAACUUGCAGUAUGUGGCGACUGUGUAAUCUUUUGAAUUCAGGUUCAUUUUCAGGCACAGAAAGACUCAGAGAGAAGCAACAAGAGGUUUAGAGGAAGACACUCAUUUUCUCAAUAAUGUAAGGAAUUUACUUGCAUUAAAGAAAUCAGAAUGUAAAUAAUUUUUAGGGCUGGCCCGAAUAGUGGUUUCUGGCCUCCGAAUAUUCGGGCCCUAUUAAAGACGAAUACCCGAAUAUUCGUUCCACCCCGUAACGUCCGACUGGGGGGGGGGCUUUUACACAGACGGCCCGAAAAUUCGGAUCCUUUUUCAUUUUUACAAAGUUCUGGCCAACAUUUCCUGAUGACAGAUUGAACCCAGUGUAAACCGACCUUCGUUUGCCUUCGUUUUGUCUUCAGCAGAGGUCUUCAGCAUCUUGUCUUGUGCUUAUGCAACGAAGUGAAGCGUGACGUCAGAGUCGGCAGCAACCCGGCCAUUCAGGUGGUGUUUCCAAACACGAAUGGAGGAACCGAAAUGAGCCGAAGAACACGGUGAAGUGGGCCGAAGGCGCAGGGAAGAGACGAGCUCCGAAUAUUUACGUCUGGGGGGAGGAAGGGGUGAUCACAUAGACAUAUGUGUAUAUGUUUAUGUGAUCACAGGACGAGAUGAGCUGAUAAGUGCCGAUGUGGACCGAAGGCGGAGGGAAGACAGCAUAUUCUUUCCGCCCGGUAACGUCCGACGGGGGGUGGGGGGCGAAUAUUCGGAUACCAAAUUAAUAUCCGGAUAGUACCGUAGCGAACGAAUAUCCGGAUAUUCGGGUCCAGCCCUAAUAAUUUUCUUGGAUUAUUUUUGUAAAAUUUCAAGGAAUAUCUUAAAUGUAACACUAAAAUAAAACUUUUAAUAUGCAAUCAAAUAA